AAGCUAACAUGUCAGGAUCAAAGUUUGUUUAUCUGGCUUUUUUUUCUUUCCAACGCCACACUUUGACUCUUCUCUCCGGCAAAAGAGAGUUUAGUAAGGAUAUCUCUAUCCGGCUUUUUAUCAUUUUAGCAGCGCCGCACUGUGACGCUGACUGACAACUAAUUGUCCGUUGUUCUUGGCCCGAGACCGGCCCGAGUCAUGGGCGGCAGCCUGGGUUGCCACCGCUCCAUCCCCAGAGCCCCCGGCGACGUCAGCGGCAAAAGGCGCAAGCUGAGCGCGGCGUGCAACUUCGGAAGCGUCCUGGUGAGGCAGGAGCGUCUCAACAUCAACGCUGCCAGCGAGGAGGAGCUCAUGACCCUUCCCGGCGUGGACCGCAGCGUGGCCCGCAGCAUCGUGCAGUACCGGGACUGCAUCGGCGGCUUUAAAAAGGUGGAGGACCUGGCCCUGGUGAGCGGAGUCGGCGCCGCCAAGCUGGAGGCCGUCAAAGUCGAAAUCUGCGUUUGGGACAGAGGGAGCUGGUCUCGCCACUCGCCGGCUUCCCCGCGGAAAGACCGGGGUCAGCAGCCGGGCGGCGGGCCGGACGUGAGCGUUCCUGGUAUCACAGAGGAAGUACCAGGCGGUAUAGUCCGGGAUCGCACCUUCAGGAGCACGGAGGACCUGCUGAGGGCGGAGCACACCAGCCACCCUCCCCAGGUGGGUGACACCCACGGAAGACCCCCACACACGACCCGGUUGCACCCUGGCCCCGCCUCCCUCAGUCUGAAGAGCGACGCUGUGGACCUCCCGCCCGGCGGACCCGCCCAGGUGAUCUCCGUGCGAGCGAGCGCGCAGACGGCGGCCGUGCUGCGGCACAGGAAGUGCGUGGUGCGCGUGGCCACCUGGAGCCUGCAGAAGUGUUCCUGCGACAAGGCCAACAACCCCGGGGUCAGGGAGGUGGUGUGCAUGACCCUCCUGGAGAACGACAUCAAGUUACUGGCAGUGCAGGACCUGUUGGAAAAAGGUGUACUACAAAAGUUUUGUGCGGAGUUAAACCAAGGUACUCUGGCUAGUGUUGGCAAGUGGAAGAGGCCAAGAGGCGUAUGGAAAUGUUUGGAGUCUGAAGAAGUUUGCUGUAAGGAAGUGAGCUAUUCUGGCUUUCUGUGGGAUUCCACUAGUGUGCAGCUCCUGGAUGCUGCACUCUUAGAGUCUGCCAAAAACUGCGAUGGAGCCUCCACAAGCUUCCUGGCCCACUUCUCUAUUUCUUCUCACAAAGUGGCUGUGGUGAACGUCCACAUGCGACCCACACUUGGCCAGGAGCAGAGUGCAGAGGUCAAAGGUCGCCCCCUGUCUGCCAUCAUCCAGGAAACACUGAAAGGUGAGAAGGAGGUUGUGGUGCUGGGAGACUUUGGACGUCCUCCUCAGAGCGCUGAGCUGGACUUCCUGAGGAAAGAGAAGAUGUCUGCUCUGCUAGCAGCCAAGCACUUCACCAACAUCAGCACCAGCUGCCCUCAGGGAACACACUGCCUGGACAACAUCUGGCUGAGCCGCUCUCUCAAGAAGAUCUACUCUGGACAUUGCACGGUCGUACGAGAAGGUUUGACCAACCCUUGGAUUCCUGACAAUUGGUCAUGGGGGGGCGUGGCGUCAGAUCACUGCCCCGUGGUGGCCGACUUUUCUGCUGCCGCCUCGCGCAAACACGGCGGCGGGCCUGGCAUCAGCGCGUUGGAGCCGGCUGACCAGCCCAAACAUGAGCGAUGACCUCACUGCAACAACAAUGGUGACCACGCCUCGGACUUUACUCUAUCAAUGAUGUCAUCAUCUACAAAAUACACACGUAUGUGUUGAUGUAAUCGUGUACCUGUAUUUUGUACAUGAUGAUGUCAUC